AUGUCUAUUAAUAUGAACUUUCCUCCUCACUCUGGCAAGUGUGGCAGUCCAUGGUGCGUUCGCGCUCUUCUGAUGGUACUUUUGCUAGGCGUUGAGUUUGUGAAGACGGCACGCCAUGAUACAUACCCCGCCAUCGACCCCACAAAGACCAACCUCACAGGACAGGUUGCCCUCAUCACAGGCGCAUCGAAGGGCAUCGGAAAGGCUACCGCGGUCGCAUUCGCGCAGGCCGGCGCGUCUGGUCUAGUUCUCCUUGCUCGUUCCGACCUGAACGCGACGAAAGCUGCCUGUGAAGCUGCGGCGAAACGUCCGGGCCAGUCACUCAAGGUCCUGGCCAUCAACGUUGAUGUCAGUAACACAACUCAGGUGAAUGACGCCAUGGCGAAGGUUAAAGAGACGUUCGGACGCCUUGACAUUGUGGUAAACAAUGCCGGCGCGGUGUCGCCUCUGGCCCUUCUUGCAGAAUCGGACUCAGAGACAUGGUGGCACGUCUGGGAUGUGAACAUUCGUGGGACGUAUGAGGUGACGCGAGCAGCAUUACCGCUACUCGUCGAGAGCGAGGGGAACAGGACAGUUAUCAUCGUCAGCAGUCUUGCUGCCCAUGGUGUCUUCAAGACGCAUGGCUCUGCCUACGGGACUACAAAGCUUGCCCACCUUCGCCUCGCGGAGUACAUCGCGCAUGAGUAUGGAGACAAGGGUGUUGUUGCCUACGCGAUACAUCCAGGUGGAAUCAUUACGGAUAUGACUUCCGGCGCACCGGAGAGCUACAAACAAUUGUACAUUGACACACUCGAGGUUGCUGCGCACACCAUGGUCUGGCUCGCUCGAGAACCCAAGACUUGGCUAUCUGGACGUUAUGUUAGUUGUCAGUGGGAUGUCGAAGAGCUGGAGGCGAAAAAGCAGGAGAUUGUCGAUGGCGACAAACUCAAAAUCAGGAUGGUUAUUUAA